CUUGUCUGAACCAAAUCGUGUCACAUCUUCAUCUUCUUCACUUUACCAAAUCUUAUCGACUCUAACUUUUUUUUUUCUUUCCUUCUCAAAUUCUGGAAUCUAUCUGUUUAUUUCCUUCUCGAUACCUUUUGAAUCGCAUCUCUGAUCGAAUUUUUAUUUCACACGAAUUACUCAAAUUCUAUGGAAGUCUUAUCGCUUGACUCAUUACCGGUAGGGUUCAGGUUUAGUCCAACGGACGAGGAGCUAGUCCGUUUCUAUCUCCGUCAAAAAAUCAACGGCCGUGAUGACGACGUCAGAGUGAUCCGUGAGGUUGAUAUCUGCAAACGGGAGCCAUGGGAUUUGCCUGAUUUAUCAGUGGUGAAGACGACAGAUUCAGAGUGGCUAUUCUUCUGUCCAGUAGACAGGAAGUAUCCGAGCGGGAGUAGGAUGAAUCGAGCCACCGUUGCUGGCUACUGGAAAGCCACUGGGAAAGAUCGUUUGGUCAAAUCAGGGAACAGUAAGAAGAUUAUAGGUGAUAAGAGGACUCUUGUAUUUUACAAAGGUCGUGCUCCUAAGGGGACACGAACAUGUUGGAUUAUGCAUGAGUAUCGCGCUACUGAGAAGGAUCUUGAUGGAACUAAGCCUGGCCAGAACCCAUUUGUUAUAUGUAAAUUGUUUAAGAAGCAAGAUGUUGUGCAUCAGUCAUGUGAUGUUGAACAGCCAGCUGUCUCAUCUCCUACUGAAGUGUCUGAGGUUUCUUUGGCUUUCCCUAAAACUGAAGAGACAAAGGCUUCUGAUGUCGCUGAAUCUUCCCUUGCUGUUUCCGGCGAGUGUCAAAGUGAAGUCUCUCCCCCUGAAGUUACAAACUCCGAGCUUGACAAUAUUGAUUGGAACUCAUUGGAGAUGGAGACUCUGGAUUACAAUAUCUUCUCUCCAUUGCACUCUCAGUUGCAAUCUGAGUGUGGAUCCUCUUUCAAUGGUUUUCAAUCUGGCUCAACCGAACUGUUCAGUAACCAGAAUGGUGCUCAUGUUCAGACACAGUACGGUUCAAACGAGACGGAUCAAUCUAUGUUUGAGCUCUUGAAUUCGGUUCUUGAGUUUCCUUAUGAGUUUCCGGAGCAGAAACAUGUAGUGCAGCCGACGCCAGAGCAGAUGACAUACGAGCCGCGGAGUCUUGUCAACACAAGCAACAAGAUCAGUAACGAUGUGUCUGAGACAGGAAUCAGGAUUAGGACACGACGGCCACAAGCCCCUGGUGGUGCUGAGCAGUUUGCAAUGCAGGGGAAUGCAUCAAGAAGGUUGCGUCUUCAGGUUAACCAUAACAAGUCAGAAGAUGACAGUCCUCAGCUCCAAUGUAUCAAGCAAGAGGUGAGAAGAGUUUUAUCUUCAUAUGUUGGGAAACCCUUUCACAUGUUUUACCAUUUCUAACCUUUUCUUUUUUGACGAAUUCCUGCAGGAAGUAGAAGUUUCCAUGAGAUCAAAGAGCAAAGCCGGAUCCAUAUUCAAGAAGUUUGCAGCUAUUGGAUAUUCAUACAGAGGGCUUUUCAAAGCGGGUGUGGUUGCGGUUGUGUUUGCUAUGUCGGUUUGCAGUCUAACCGGAAAAUUCAGCUGAGGCUUGUACUUGUUGGUCAAUUCAAUAAAGGAAGGAAUGUGGUUGAGAGGGCGUGUGGUUUGUGUGUAUAAAAUAGGGACUUGGCCUGGUUCUGCAUCUGUUGUUGUUGGUGAUGUUGCUGCUGUUUGUUAUUGUUGGUUUAGCCUUAACCAAGGCCGGUUUAGGAGAGUAGUAGUUAACUUGUAUGGAUCAUAAUUUACAGUUAUGUUUUUACAUGUUAGAGAGAGCCUAAGUUGUUAGAUUUUUUCUCCUUGCUCAACACAUCUUCUCAUCCCUUUAUUAUUAAUAGAGAAACAAUUUAGAGGAAUAACUUUUAUUUUGUAAUAAAAUUACAAUACUGCCAUUAUGUUGUUGUGUCAGUUUGAUAAGUCUCUUUUUUUUUUUUUUGUCUGUUGGAUUAAUUUGAAAACAUGAUAGUUUUUACGUAAGCCGGCAAGGAACACAUUCCUUCCAGAGUUAAGAGCUGGCAAGAAUAGCAAUCCUUCCAGAGCCAGAUGAAACUACAAUAAAAUGGAAAAAAAGAAAAGAUGGAACACUAAAAUUCAAGCCUAGAAUUUUGUUGAAGGAACCAUAGUAGAUGUCCUGAUGAUAGCAACCAUUGGGAAAGAGUGCACCGAUCUUCAAAUUGUGAAUAGAAACAAGUCAAGGAAUCUUGUUUGUGGACUUUGAAGAAACUUCCUAUCCCAAGAACUAAGGGCAUCCUCAUUGCUAGGACGAGGAAGAAGCUUCUUAGGAUAGUUUAUUAAUAUAUGUAGAUUAAGAGAUGAAGUUAAGAUACUUGUGUAAAAGAGAAGAUUAUUGGUAGAUAUUUUUUUCGGUUCUUAGUUAAAUAGUUAUUUUUAGUAAGUUAUUUUUGUUUAAAAUCAAACAUAUAUCAUUAAUAAAACAUAUAACACUAAUAAAAUAGAAAACAUUUGAGAAU